AUGGCCGAAAAGGACGUGGAGUCGGGCAGGGCUACCAAGAUCCCUCAUCUCACCCAAGUCUUCAAUCAGCAUGGAAUCACCCCGGAAGUUGAGGAAUGGGAUUACAAUGGCUCCGGCACAGAAGACGACCCGUAUGUGGUCGAAUGGAUUGACAACGACCCCCGCAAUCCCCAGCUGUACAGUGAAGUGAAGAAAUGGAGCUUGACAAUGCUCGUGGCGUUGGCAACGCUCGCCGUUGCCUUUGUCUCCAGUGCCUUCUCCGGAGGCGCGCAGGAAGUCGUCAUGGAGUUCGGAUGUAGUCGAGAGGUCUUCACCCUCGGCAUCUCCCUCUUCGUGUUGGGUUUUGCUGUAGGACCGUUGAUCUGGGCGCCCAUGUCGGAGUUGUUCGGUAGACAGUAUCUUUUCGUCGGCACCUAUGCCGGCCUCACGGCUUUCAAUGCGGGCGCUGCGGGAUCGCAGAACAUCUGGACCCUGAUCAUCUUGCGAUUCUUCGCGGGUGCCAUUGGUUCCUCGCCGUUGACAAACGCUGGUGGAGUCAUUGCGGACAUGUUUGGCGCAAAGGAGCGUGGUUUGGCCAUGGCCUUGUUCGCCGCUGCACCCUUCAUGGGACCGGUUUUGGGACCGAUUGUGGGAGGUUUCGUCGGACAGACGAUUGGGUGGAGAUGGAUUCAGGGUGUCAUGGCCAUCUUCACGGGAGUGCUCUGGAUUAUUGGAUCAUUGCUCAUCCCGGAAACAUACCCACCCGUCAUCCUCCGCCAGAGAGCAAAGGAGCUCAGCAGGAGAACAGGAAAGGUGUACAAGACUCGUGGGGAUAUCGAUCAGGGUGAGACUUCUGCCAUGGAAGUGUUCAAGACGUCUCUAUCUCGACCAUGGAUCUUGCUCUUCCAGGAGCCCAUUGUGCUAUUGCUCUCCAUCUACAUGGCAAUCAUCUACGGAACCCUUUACAUGUGCUUUGGCGCCUUCCCCAUUGUCUACCAACAAGGACGAGGAUGGUCACCGGGAAUUGGAGGCUUGGCCUUCCUCGGUGUCGCAGUGGGUAUGUUGAUUGCCGUCGGCUACAGUAUUUGGGACAACAAACGCUACUCCAGGAUCAGCGACAAGUUUGAUGGAUUCGCUCCUCCAGAGUCUCGUCUACCAUUAUGCAUGGUCGGAUCUGUUGCGGUACCCAUCGGUCUCUUCUGGUUUGCCUGGACCAACGGCCCAAACAUCCACUGGAUUGUAUCAAUCAUGGCUGGUGCUCCAUUCGGUUUCGGCAUGGUGCUCAUCUUCUUGGGAAUCAUGAACUACCUCAUCGAUUCAUACACCAUCUUUGCAGCGUCCGUCCUCGCUGCAAACUCCGUCCUGCGUAGUUUAUUCGGUGCCGCUUUCCCCCUCUUCACCUCACAAAUGUACAGCGGUCUGGGAAUCCACUGGGCAUCCUGUGUACCCGCAUUUCUAGCUCUCGUCUGUGUUCCCUUUCCCUUCUUGUUCUACAAAUACGGCGCAGGAAUCCGUGAARAAUGCAAAUACGCCGCCCAAAGCGAAAAAUUCAUGAAACAAAUGCAACAGCGAAUGCGCCAACAAGACCCCGAAUCCUCCUCAGACAACGAGACCGAAAAGGAAGAAAAAGAAGACCCUUACAUCCCCGAAGACCAAGAAGAAGCCAUUGCCGAGGAGCGACGCAAUCAUAACGCCGGUCUUGAAGAAGAAGAGAAGAUUGAGGAACGACGGGAAUCCAUCGCCACCGUUUCUGAAAAUGACGCUCCUCAAACUUCUUCUUCUUCUUUCGCACCCAUCCGAACAACAAAAUCCCGGAAUACGUUGAGGAGUACGAAGAGUCAACAGUAUUAUGAUAAUAGUCCUUUUGAUCUUGAUCGUGUUAAUACGAGGGAGUCGUUUGGGGUUGGUGGUAAUGGUGGUGGGAGGAGUCGGACUACUAGUCGGGCUAGUUCGCUUAAGAGUGGGAAGAGUAGUGGUAGGAAGUGA